GUCGCGCGCGCCAGCCUCGUCGCGGCCAGUGUAACCCGCGACGUCCGACCAUGCGCAAACGCCCGGACCACAGCUGCAGCCGGCACGUCGCGACGACACCGUGAAGAGACGAGAUAUGCGCGGCACUGCGCUCUUCGCCACCGUCGCCGUCCUCCUAACCCUCUUGGUAUCGCAUUGCGCGGGCCGCCCUUGGCAUCAACGGCGGCAGCAGCGGCAGAGACCACCAGUGCCACCAACACGGCCGCCGGUGGCGGUGACGGUCGCAUCGAUUUACGCAGAAUACGAUGAUCCGUCCGUGGCCGUCAACGGUCAUCCGCCCUCGUCGGACCAGAGCCUGCAGCAGCAGGAAUCACCGGAACCGGAUUACGGGGAACCGGGGCGGAUGUACGUGGAACCAGAACGGGUGUACGCCGAACCGGAACAGAACUAUGAGGUAGACGAGGCGGUGAGCGUGCUGAGCGACGGGCGCGUGCACGGAGUGCAGCAGCAACCGACUCCGACGACCGCGGUGUCCGGGAGUUACGACGUCAGCAGCACCACCGAUAGCGGCAGCACCGACAUCGCCAUCACCGGCUUCACCACCGCUUCAAACACCCCCACGACCACCUCUACUACUACUACGACCACGACCCAGGCGAUGGAAACCCGGAAGAGCGGUUACGUGGUGGACGGAAAACACUACCGGAAGUACAGGGUCGAGGAAGAGACGCCGGACGGGUUCAUCGUGGGCGAGUACGGAGUGGUCAGCCAUCACGACGGCACCACCAGAGGCGUCCGGUAUACGGCCGACAGCAGCAUCAACCCGCGGGUCAUAUACGAAGCACUGGCCAAGUUCUUGGCCCUCAGGCGUCGCCGGUAGACGCCGCGGACGGACGACGGUGAACUGCCGCUGGCCAGCCGGACGAUGUUCAGCUGAUCGUACAUCACAAUAUUAUUAUAGUAUAAUAAUCAUCGAUUAUCAAUAUUAUAGUAUAGGUCGGUUCGCUGCCGUUCGAAACUAUCUUUUUUUUUUUUUUUUUUAAAACGAAAUUUCUAGUCAGGUUCUAUUAUACUUGUCGCCGCCGCCGCCGCCAUCGUCGUCGUCGCCAAUCACAGCCGGCCUCAAAACGAAUAAUCAGAAGACCAACAACAAACAUCGUACUCAAACAUAAUAUAAUAAUAAUAAUCAUGAUAAUAAUAAUAAUAUAUUAUAAAUAUUAGCUCGCGCGCGCGCGCGUCUUGUCCGAAUCGCGUUCAGUGCCAUUUUCCGCGAACAGUGUGACGAACCUACGUAUAUAUAAUAUAUAUUAUAAGACACGCUCACUCGGAAUAUAAUAUAAUAAUAUGUUUUUUACUGUGACUGAAUGAAAAUUUGGAAAAAUGUAUAUUUAUAUAACAAUAAACAUUAUGUUUCGAUCGAAAUAAACGUGCGUAACAUAUAAUAUA